AUCGUUAUAUAGUAAGUGCUCUUAUUGUGCUACAUUUCAACACCUUCCAGCUGCCAACGUCGUCCUCACACUUCGCCUCUCCGUCGACGUCCCUGGAUCGCUAGCUUCUCACCUAACCCUCUCGACUUCCACUGCUGUAUAGCACCAUGCCCUUGACUUUCAGUCUUGGAACCUACGCUGCCAUAUUUUCCGCUAUUCUCAUGUCACUACGCUUGCCGUCUACCCCACCGCCUUAUAAUCACACACAGUCAUCGUAUCAUGACCACCCCCUACGCAAAAAUAGGCAAUAUCAGGACCUCUUGGUCCCUGUAGCACCUUCUGUCUUGAUCCACAUCCCAAGCCCUACGUGCCAUAGUCCACGCAGUGCAUACCGCAGAAAGCGGAAACAGAGCAUUCCUAUGGUAGAAAUAGUACAUCAAAAAACAGUGAGUCUAGGGCAGUCGACAGUGAGUCAAUGGCCUGCAGCACUGAUCAUUUUGCAUUCUUCAUGAUAGGAGUCCCCGCAAUUAAUGCAGGGGCAUUAAGGAACGAAAAAUAGGAUGGGGAUAUAGUGUAAAAUUUGUUUGAGGGUGAGGACGGG